AUGCUCUCCGCAUUCCUCCUGGCCGCAGCCGCAUCCGUUGCCGCGGCGAACCCGACUGUCACGUUUGACACCUCCAUGGGCUCCUUCUCAGCGGAGCUCUACCUCGACCGCGUGCCACGAACAGCGUCAAACUUUGUGGACCUGGCAAAGUCGGGCUUCUACAACGGCCUCCACUUCCACCGCGUGAUAGACGGCUUCAUGAACCAGUUUGGCUGCCCGCACAGCAAGGACCCGAGCUCGACGCGCGCGGGGACGGGCGGGCCGCCCGACGGGACCUUUGUCAACCUCGCGACCGGCGCGACGGAGACGCGCUCGAACGGCGGCAACAUCAAGGACGAGAACAUCUCUCGCGACUCCAACGUGCCGUACAGCCUGUCGAUGGCAAACACGGGCGCGCCAGACUCCGGCGGCUCGCAGUUCUUCAUCAAUGUGGCCCACAACUCGAACCUCGACUGGUUCUCCGGCGGCUCCUCCCGGCACCCGGUCUUUGGGCGGGUGACUGCGGGCCGGGAGGUCGUCCUCGCCAUCUCUCGCGUGCGCACGAGCAACGACAACCCGGCGGCGCCCCUCGUGAAGCGCGAGGCGGCGGUGGUCCCCAUCGUGAUGCGCAAGGCGCGCGGCGGCACGGCCCUCCACCAGCUGCAGGAGUUCCCCUCAUCGGCGUCCGUUUGUUCGGACCGCCAGCUCAUGGCGAUGCCUCCUCGACGACGCGUGAGCUUCGGGCCGCAUGACGAGCACGACACCGAGGAGAGCAAACAAGAAGUGCUGCCACGUCAAGGCGCGCAGCAAAGCUACGCUCGAGGCUUCAUGGCGUCGUCGCUCGCGCCCGCGCUCGCCGCCAUCUUCACAAACCCAGUCGAGGUGGGAAAGGUGCGCCAGCAGCUGGACAAGCAGCCAGCGUCGCUGGUGGCGACGCUGCGCCACGUCUGGCAGUCGCACGGGCUGGCAGGCUUGCAGGCGGGGCUGCAGAUCUCGGUCCUGCGCGAGGCGUCAAAGUCCUUUUUCCGCAUCGGCUGCUUCACGCCGAUCCUCGACCAGCUGCACGACGCAGCGCAGGGGCCCGCGCCGCUGUACAAGCGGAUGGCCGCCGGCAUGUCGUCCGGGGCGAUCGCCGCCUUCGUAUGCAACCCGAUCGAGCUCGUCAAGACGCGCCAGCAGGCGGAGCAUGCCUAG